GACGUUAAUGCACUUUGACUGAUGUUGGGUCUGGACAAUAGCAAAUCAAAUGAAAGUUUGACGUCAUUCAGCCGUCCAAUCAGCAUCUAGAUCCCGCCCAGCAAGCUUGAACUCUCUGUUGCCCCGUGAGUUUCUCUCAAACAGACCCCAACUUGUCCUGUAGCGAGCUGUUUAUUUGUCCUUAACAGUUAAAAGCUCUAAAUUUUACCAUGAAUAGUUUAAUAAGAUCUACUGGCAGGUGUUUACGUUCCGGCGCGGCCGCGUGCUUACUCAGGACGGCCGACGGACGUGUUGGAGCGGCCUCGGCCCGGUUCCUCUGCUCGGCGGCGGACGUCCAGAAGGACCUUGGCGAGCUGGUGAAGAAGGACAAGGUUGUGGUGUUUAUGAAGGGGACCCCCGCUCAGCCAAUGUGCGGCUUUAGCAACGCCGUGGUGCAGAUCCUCCGGAUGCAUGGGGUGGACCAGUACUCUUCUUAUAACGUCCUGGAGGACCAGGAGCUGAGGGAAGGAGUCAAAGUGUUUUCCAACUGGCCCACCAUCCCUCAGGUCUACUUCAAUGGCGAGUUUGUGGGAGGCUGCGACAUCCUGCUUCAGAUGCACCAGAACGGGGACCUGGUGGAUGAGCUGAAGAAGCUGGGAAUCCGCUCCGCUUUGCUGGACGCCGAGAAGGAAUCCAAGUAGAAGAGUAAAAAAAACAUCUAAGGGCUGAGAAGACAGAGGACACAUUCACUAGAUCCAACCCCCUCCCAUAACACCUCCAAUGAUUGGAGACGAAUCAGCUAUCAGGGCAAACUGCAGCAGAGUGCAGAUUGUAAAUGCUUGCACAGAUUGAUUAUUAUAUGCAGAUAGUUUUCUGCUCAUAAAUGCUAUAAUGUGAAAUGUAAUUAUAAACAGUUCCUUUGCACUGGUACAAAAUGAAAAUCUGAUAUUUUGCAGACUCACAAUCUUGUUUGUAAUAUAUUAAAGGGACAGAAUGAAAUAUUAACGUCGCCACGGUUUCCUCCGAUGUGGCCUUGAGAAAUCUCUGUCACCUCUGGCGUCCAUGUUUUUUCUCUCUCAAUUCAGACUCCUUUCAAUUGAAAAGGGAAACAGGACUGACCAGAACAGAGCUUGGAUCAACACAAAAUGAUGUCUACACACUUUAAAACCUUCCAGAUGCACUGCCUGCAGCUCCACUGCUCCAACACAAAGAAACAGGGACGAUGGAGCAAAUGAUUUUAA